CCCACGGAGAGCGGGUGUCGUCAUGAGCGGUCUAACCUUGCCUUGUGAUUGGUUCCAUGCAGAGCUACAGGACAGUAUGGCCGCCACUGUAGCUGUGAACCCAAGCGAGUAUCUCCAGCCCUCCGCCACCUCCUCACAAGACUCUCAGCCAUCCCCCCUGGCCCUGCUGGCCGCCACCUGCAGUAAGAUCGGCCCCCCUGCCGCCCAGGCCCCUGUCUCCGUGCCCCCCUCCCAGCCUCAGCCCCGGAGGCUCCUCCCCAUCAAGCCGGCCCCCAUCGCGCCCGCGCCACCCAAGAACCUGGGCUUCCUGUCGGCAAAGGGGAACGUGAUCCAGCUGCCUGCGGGCCUGGGCUCGGGCGGCGCAGGCAGCCCCAUCAUGCUGACCAUCCAGAGCCCCACCUCCCGCUCCAACACGCCGGCCCCCACGACCAACAUCCAGUACCAGGUGAUGCCCCAGACCAUGCAUGGGACCCAGACCAUCCAGGUGAUGCAGCAGGGAGGGCAGGGCACACAGACCAUCCAGGUCAUGCCCCAGGGAGGCCAGGGCACACAGACCAUCCAGGUCAUGCCCCAGGGAGGCCAGGGCACACAGACCAUCCAGGUCAUGCCCCAGGGAGGCCAGGGCACACAGACCAUCCAGGUCAUGCCCCAGGGAGGGCAGCUCCAGCUCAUCCCCGGCACCAACCAGGCCAUCUUCACAACGCCCAUGACCAUGCAGGGCCCGGCGCUCGCUACCUCCGCCGUCACGCCGCAGAAGGCCCUGGCCAUCAAGCCGUCGCCUCGCGGGCGUAAGGCCAACAGCGCGGCCGGGCUGGUCCAGCUCCACGGCGGCCUCACGCUGCCCCUCAGCGUCGCCACCGGGGAGAUGGGCGGCACCCAGAUCAUCACGGAAACGGCGGCGGUGGCGUCGUCCACGCCGGUGAAGGGCAGGCGGGGGAGGAAGAAGAAGGUGCUCCUCAGCAGCCAGCCCCACGCCCUCGCCCCCCCACAGAGCGCCUCCCCUCCACCAGAGCAGAUGGAGACCAUCCUGAUAGAAGCCACCGACAACAUCAUCCAGGCCGGUAACAACCUGCUCAUCGUGCAGAGCCCUGGGCAGCCGGCCAUGGUGCAGCAGGUCCAGCUGGUCCAGCCCAAACAGGAGUCCCAGAUGGUCCAGAUACCCCAACAGGCCCUGAAGGUGGUCCAGGCCGCAUCCGCCACGCUCCCCCAGAUCCCUCAGAGGCAGACACAGGUGUCACCCACGGAACCUCAAACACAGUUCCUGAUCAAGACGCCGUCGGGGGAGUGGCAGGCGGUGCAGAUCCAGGAGGCAAUCUCCACGGCAACCACGCCCACCACCACUGUACCCAGCAUGACUGUCGCCACCUCCUGCUCCUCGUCCCCACUGGGUGCCAAGAGGCAGCUGGGCGGAGCCCGCAAGGAGCGGACGCUGGCCAAGAUCGCCCCGGCCGGGGGGAUGAUCAGCCUGAACAACGCCCAGCUCUCCCAGGCCCCCCAGGCCGUCCAGACCAUCAGCAUCAACGGCGUGCAGGUCCAGGGCGUCCCCGUCACCAUCACCAACGCCGGCGGCCAGCAGCACCUGACGGUUCAGACCCUGCAAGGUAGUGGUCUGCAGCUGGCCGGGUCUCAGGGCCAGCCCACGGUGCAGGUGGACCAGACCCUCACCCUGGAGCUGCCCGCCCAGCCGGGGGAGAAGAAGAGGCGCAUGGCGUGCACCUGCCCUAACUGCAAGGAUGCUGACAAGAGGCCAGCGGAGGUGGGCAAGAGGAAGCACAUCUGCCACUUCCCCGGCUGCGUGAAGACGUUCAGGAAGACGUCCCUGCUCAGGGCUCACGUGCGCCUGCACACGGGGGAGCGGCCGUUCGUAUGUAACUGGGUCUUCUGUGGAAAGAGGUUCACACGCAGCGACGAGCUUCAGAGACACGCGCGGACACACACAGGAGACAAGCGGUUUGAGUGCAACCAGUGCCAGAAGCGCUUCAUGAGAAGCGACCAUCUCACCAAGCAUUAUAAAACUCACAUCAAUACCAAGAACCUGUGAACAUUCAACCCCCCACCCAUUGCUGCUGUGAGUUGAAGAGGUGGAGGAGGUUUGUUGGGGGGUUCAGGACUGCACAAGCUCUGUUUAAAUUGCCCAUGGAAGGAAAAGCGUCUGAGGUGGAGACUGCCUUCUCACUCUCCAGACUGCUGGUGAUGUACAUAGAGUGGUGUACACGCAGAGCUCCUCGGACCCCAGACCGGCCCUCCUACUCCCCGAGGGCCUACCCAGUGGGCCCAGCGCAUAGGCAACCACGGACAGACAGACCCUCUGGCAUCUGGGGGGGCGUAGAGGGUCAUGGUCCUUCCCACAACCUGUAGGUGCUGGGGGGGGGGGGGAAGAGGACAAAAUGGACCCACACAGAAUCAUUCAAAUAUGAACUAAUACCCCCCCUUCAGACCCCUGCUGUCUCCAGUCCUCCUUUUCAUUCACCUGAAUCCAGAAGAUUAUUUCAUGCGUGUUUUCAGUUUGAACCUUUCAUUUUUUCUUUUUUUUGAGGGAGUCACCCAACAGCUGACGGUGACAGCUAGAGGGGACAGUGCCCUCUCUGGUGAAACCCUGGGCACUGCAGCUUCUUGCUCUGACUGGCUGUGGGUGCCAUGUGUCGCCCCUGGCACUUGGUAGGACUGUUUUGCCCCUUGUGAUCAUCCUGGACUGGUCUUUUUUAACAGACUAGCUCGGCUUAUUUUGUGUCUUGUGUUCCAACAUAGUAAGCUUACCAUAGCUCAGUCCCCCGGCUUACUUAAACCUUGCAUAGCUACCUGCUGGGCAGCGCCAAUCCAACGCAGUGACCCUAACAUAGUACAGUUUCUAAGUGCGUGUCUGUAGUCUGUUUAUUAUGAACCAUGACUCCACAGGUGACUGCACCAACCCAUUCAUCCCUGUAGUCGCCCACCCGCUCUGCUUUAUAGUGACAUCACUUCCUCCCCCCAGGUGACCUGGUAUGACCUUAUUCUCUUGACCACUUGGUUACUUUGGUUCCUUGGCAACAUAUAGCUAUUCAUAUGUUUUAGUUAACUAAUGCCCUAAUAUGACAAUCAUGUCACCAGAUGCAAAAACAAAAUGUAUAAAAUGCUUUUUUCCUGGCCGAUGAUCAGUUAGUUUUGUACAUAACGUUUUGUACAAAUAGCUUUACUUAACAUUUUAAAUUUGAUUUCUAUUCGACAGAAAGCUAUUCACCAAUUGUACAGCAGACUCUGACACACAUAUAUUUUGUAACUUCAUCUACAAAACAAAUAUCUUGGUUUUAGAGACUUUAUAAAUUUAAAGACAAAACUUAACAUUCAUUAUCAAAUGUAAUAGUUUUGUAGUUUUGAUUUGAAGUAAACUUCAUUAAAGGUAUAGGCUUACCUAUUGGUAUAUAAGCUAAUUCAUGUAAAAAAAAUAAUAACUUAACCUCAGUUUGUCCGGCUCAUUGCUAGCUUGCCGAAAUGGGAGAAAAUGUUGUGCUGUGUUCUACAUCACAACCUGGUACUGAAAUCAACACACAUCAAUGUCCUUGGGAUCCCAUAGCUUGAGGCCCAGUCAGAUGUAGUCUCAAAAGCACUUUUAACUUGGUUCCCCUGCAGUGCUUUACCAGUAAGGUUGUAAAGCUGUUGGUUCCUUGGUGUAUUCGUUUUUUCCCUUAUGGUUUAUAUUAUUAUAUUUCCUGGAGACUGAUGCUGUCUGACUGGACAUGCUCAUAUUUAUGUUUGUAUUUUUUCUCUUAUCUGAUAUGUAAAUAAAAGCAGAUGUGUCUGUUAGGCACAAUAAAUGUAGGAUUAAAAAGGUCUCACUGCCUAGUAUUUAGUCUGGCCUGGCCGGAGCCGAAGGAGGUGGACUGUGUACAGUGUGUAUGAAACAAAUCUAACGUAACGUUGUAUAGCUUCAUUCCUGCUUUGUACAAUACUUCUAGAUUCUCUUUUGUAUUGAAUUAAAGAUGCCUUAGACAGCUGCGCCCAGUAUUUAAACAUUUUUCCUUUUUUUGUGAAAUUCCAAGGAAUGGUGUUUUUAGAAUUCCUUUUAUUUUCUGAUUUAACUUAUGUUACAAACUGUUGUAUUGUGCACUGAGAAGAA